AAAGCAACUCUUUCUGCAACAGAUAGCAGUAUCACAGGCUCUCCCCGACAGCGGUCCUCUUCAAACUCUUCAUCCUCACUAGCCAGUGACCGGAGUGCCUCUCCUCACGUGCGGAAACGACCAUCAGCAAAGACAUUUAUAAAGAACAUGAAACCAGAGGGAUUCAAGCGCCCAUCAUCCUACUACUGCAAUGAAGCAGAGACAGCCAACACCAAGCUUGACCGGGUGUCAGCAGCUCCCACUGGGGCCACCCUUAUAGGGUACAGAAAGAUGGAGCCAGCAAGCGCUGUCCAGCUUGGCACAUUCAGUCCUGAUUUACCAGACAGUUUCAUGGGUUUCCAAAUAGAAAGAUCACACAGCACUUCUCUUGCCUCCUUGUUUCCCACCUCAUGCAUGAACCGGGGCAGUGAAGAGUCCAUCCCUGAUGUUUGUAAGUCCACCCUGAGCAUUACACUGAGCAGCCCACCGCAUCCUGCUGCCUUAAAGGCAGGAUCACCCAUCAGCACAAAUCCUGAAAGGACUAGUACAACCAAUCUUACCAGUCCUACACAGAGUUUUCAUGCACCUGUAAGGCAGAUACACUCUACAGGCGAUUCCCCUUCCAUAGUUACCUCCAAGCCACCCAUUCCACCAGCAAGUAGAGAUUCCGGCCCGGCUCUCUCAUCACCAGACAAAUCCGUGCAUUCACCGACUUCCACCAGUGUUCAUUCCACCAAGGACGGGACACUCCCUGUUGUUGAGAGAAGUCUUAGCAGUAGUAGCUCACCAAAGUUAACUAAAGAGGAUCUCAAAAGACUAGCAGAGGAUAUAAGCCAAGCACUGGGUGAGAAAGAACCCUCCCCAUCAAAAUUAUUCACGUCUAACGAUGAUGACUUUAGUGAUGAUGACACUAACAUUGCCAAUGGAUUUCAUGAUGUUCUAUGCACAUACAAGGAUGAUUUUAGUGAAGUCCAGGCUUUGGAUUCCCAAGCUGCUUUGUCCGCAACAUCAUCAGGACAGGUGUCGAUCUCCUCUUCGGGUGUGAUUUAUGAUGCUGCUGACAUACCUUUACAGAACUCAGACAGUGCCUUAAGAAGACAGCUUUCAUCCCAGGAGGAUACAGGUUCCUCUACAUCUGUCUCUGCAGCUGUUAGUUCCACUCAGAAUGACCCUUUGUUGACUAAAACAGCGUCAGAGGGCACGGUCGUGGAGCUGAGAACUCCAGCUGUAUCUAAUAUGUGCAUAGAUCCAAGGCAGAAAGUGACUGUGAUAGAACUGUUAAAGGAUGAGUACAGAAGGUCUCUGCUGGAAAAACAAGAACUCUCACUGAUAGAAUCAUCCAGCAUUCAACACAUGGCUGGAGAAUCAACCACUUUCAGUGGACACAGAGCAGCUAGUGACUCUGAUAUACUCAAAAACUGUGAAGAUGAGGAGAGGAAUUGUCAAACAAAAUCUCAGGAAAAAACAAGUAUAGAUGGAAGUGAGAAGAGAAGAACACUCUUGACAUCCUCCUCUUCUUACCCAGAGUUAUCUCAGGCUGUUAAACCCGAACCACCAAAGCUGGUGUCAAUUGUUGGCCACAGGACUGUCAGUUUUGUCCAGCUGAGAGAAAAUCUAAAAUUGGACAUGAAUUUUCCUGGCCACCUCUACAGUGAAUGCCCAACACUUGCAUCCAGCAUCCCAUAUUUUCAAGUUCCCACAGAUGACGACUUUGGGCCUGGCAUUCAUCUCAUUGUAUGUGUUCAUGGGCUGGAUGGCAACAGUGCUGACUUGAGGUUAGUCAGGACAUACAUAGAAAUGGCAUUACCAGGAUUCAGACUGGAGGUACCACAAGACACAUUUGCAGACUUUGACAAAAUGACAGACAGACUUGUAGAUGAAAUUCUGACCUUCCUAGAGACCUUUGGCUUUCCUGUCUCAAGAAUCAGCUUUGUAGGCCAUUCACUUGGCAACAUCAUAAUCAGAUCAACACUGUCCAGGCCAAAAAUGUUGCACCUGCUGCCAAAGAUGUACACGUUUUUAUCUCUGUCUGGCCCACAUCUGGGAACUCUGUACAACACCAGUGGCUUAGUUAACAUGGGAAUGUGGUUUAUGCAGAAAUGGAAGAAGUCUGGCUCUCUACUGCAGCUGUCACUGAAAGACCAUCCAGAUCCUAGACAGACAUUCCUGUACAGAUUGAGCCAGAAGCCAGUACUGCAGAACUUCAAGCAUGUGCUACUGGUUGGGUCUCAUCAGGACCGGUAUGUACCCUACCAUUCUUCUCGUAUCGAGAUCUGCAAGUCAGCACAGAAGGACAGUACUCUUACAGGUGUAAUAUACAGAGAGAUGGUUCAAAACAUUCUGGAGCCAAUCAUCCAGUCUCCCCAGUGCACUCUGAUCCGCUAUGAUGUGUUCCAUUCACUUCCAUCUACUGCUAACACCAUGAUUGGGAGAGCUGCUCACAUUGCAGUGCUGGACUCAGAAAUUUUCAUUGAGAAGUUUCUUACGGUCACCGGUCUCAAGUACUUUCAGUAG